UGGGCUUACGGAACUAGUCGAACAAACCCGAGUACUGCCGAUAUACAUCUCGACUCGUCGAUUGGGUCGAGAGAAAGCUAGAGGCAGGCUGUCAUACGGACUGGAUGUAGAAUCAUUUCCCCAGUUUUGAGAGGAAGAAUCGGAUAAAAUGCCGUCGCUUUUAUUCUGUGGGCCAAAAUUGGCCGCAUGUGGAAUCGUGUUAAGCAUCUGGGGUGUCAUUAUGCUGUCAAUGCUAGGAAUUUUCUUCAGUGCAAAAUCUGCUGUGCUGAUCGAAGAUGUUCCAUUUACUGAGGAAGACAUCCGUGAUGACAAGAAUCCACCGCAGACCAUUCACGGACUCUACAACCAAGUUGGCAUCAACUGCUUCAUUGCUGCUGCCAUCUAUGUAGGUGUCGGCGCAGUGUCUCUCUGUCAGGUUCGCCUUAACAAGCGCCAGGAGUACAUGGUCACGUAAACCCAAACAAUUUCAUAUUCAACCGCAAUUAGUCAGAAUUAUUUAUUUCUAAAAGACUUCUCCAUGAUUUAUGCAGAUUGUCUGAAUUGGAUAUAUUUGGUAGUUCAUCUUCGGGUCAAAAUCUAAACAAUAUAGUAUGAAUAAAAAGUGAAAAUCGUGAAAAUCAAUAUAUAUAUAUGCACAUAGACACACGAUGUGCAUAUAUAUGCAUGCUAUGUAUUAUAUUUUCCACAAAUAUUCAGCUGUCUUCUGAUGAACCUAAAAGACACUAUUAAACACUAUGAGUCCAUAUGAUAGUAGCUGGUGUUCAUGUAGAAUGUGACUGUUUGACUUUUUUUUUUUUUUUUUCAUUGUUUAAAUGUUUGUUUGGUAAAAUAAAUGUCUGUUGUUUUAUUGAAGUACAUCCUGCAACCCUUGUGCUGUACACUUGAUAUUAUCACAACUGUGAUGAACAAGAUAUGUGAAUGGAGAAGUCUUACAUUUCCUUCAAUAAAAUACUAGUGACAAAAUA